CACGUCUCGAGGUCCUGCAAGCGUUGAGUGUGUUGACAUCGAUAUAGUCGACUCUUCGUCUGAACUUCGUCACCUACAGCAUGCAGAAAAUUUCUGACUGUAGCUCUUUGGAGCCAUCCAUCAAGACACGCAGACCAAAAGCACCAACUCUCCGCGAGGCUGAUUGGGUCCCUCAUAAGUCGCGGAUUGUACACCUUCACAUCACUGACAACAAACCACUCAAAGAUGUGAGAAUCAUUAUGCAACGGGACCAUGGUUUCAACGCAGAGAUCCGACAAUAUCGGACAAGAAUUAGCAAGUGGAAGCUCGACAAGAACAUAAAGCCCAAAGAGAUGAAAGCGAUCGUCCGCAAAACCCAGCACCGCAAUCUUGUAGAGGUUGAUCGCGCCAGUCUUCGCUUCAAGGUCAGGGGUCAGGAAGUGGAGCAGGAGAAGAUCACCCGCUGGAUGCGAACACAUGACGUUUCCCAUCACAAUUUGUACGCUCCUUCUUCGGUAGCAUGUGAGUGUGCCUUUUGUGGGUCAGGAACGUGGCUGACGCUAUACAGCGACUCCGUCCGCGGUUGA